GAGACUUUUGUGGAGUUUUUCGAGAUCUUCCUGCUCUCUGAGAAGACGUGAGAGGCUUCGGGAUAUUUGAAUUAAACAGACAACAACAUUUAUUCAUCGAUAAUCAGGUAAUCAAGAUAAUCAAGAAAAGGAAACAGAGUGGGGUAGGUUACAGUCGUGACGUUAAUCGGUUUGCAGUUGAUUUUCGCUGUUUUGAAAUUAUCUUAAGCGUAGCGUCUGUGUAGCUUUCAUUAGCAUGCUUUGCUAGGCCACCCUGAUUGUUUAGAUUCUCAGUCUGUGUGUUACUCUCAACUCAGGUGGCGGAUCUGCGAAUAUUUUCUGAUUUAGUCUGCCCAGCGUGAAAGAAUGUCUGACAGCGACGACAGCGACUUUUCUGACAACCAAAGUGAGCGAAGCAGCGACGGAGAGGCCGAGGAGGUGGAGGAGAAUGAGGUAACCGCUAGCUAGUGAUGCUAACUUCCGGUGUCAGGUAAACAUUGUGACUAAGGCGGUUUAAUGAGGAUGAAAGACCCUAAAAUGACUUUGCUGAGCGGCAAAGUUAGACUCUGUUAAGUUAAAUUAAAUAUCUGAAUGUUAGCAGUUACAAGAGGGUCACUGAGAGGGAUGUGAACUUAUUUUGUUGGGGUCCAUCCGCAGGAGGAGACAGCUAGCCCCGUUGGAAGCGACAAGGUAGCAGAGGAAGAGGGAGAGGACCUGGAGGAUGAGGAGGAGUAUGAUGAAGAGGAGGAGGAGGACGAUGAAGACCGACCCAGAAAGAAGCCAAGACACGGAGGCUUUAUCCUGGAUGAAGCUGGUACAGACUGGUUUUCCUGGAGACCCACGAUGAAUGAAAUGAGUGAGCUUCAUUCAGACUUGAUGAACUCUGUUUCCUCCUUUACUCUUAGAUGUGGAUGAUGAAUACGAGGAUGAGGAAGAUCAGUGGGAGGAAGGAGCUGAAGAUAUUCUGGAGAAAGGUGAGAGAAUUCAUUCAUGUUUAUCAACCUGAGUAAAACUCCAUGAAACAGGCGUUUGUUUGAAAAGUUCAGACCUGAGGUUGUGUUUAUGGAGAACUCGGCAUGUUUACAUGAUGCUGAAAGCUGGAGUUGUUAUAAUACACACAAACAAGGUCUGAAACCAACACCCAUCAGACACCAAAUUAGGCUGAAUUUAAGAGGAGUAUGAACCACAUGGCCUGGAAAUGAUCGUCUAAAAAAAGGCAUAUUACUAGAAAGGGUUAAAGAGGACAUGGAACACUGACCUAAGUUAUCAUUAUUGUUAAGAAUGCCUCUCGACUUCACAAAUCACUGUAUUCAUGACUCUCAAAAUGUAAUACAUCUCUAGAAAACUGUGACUGAAGUUCCACUUUAGUGACACUGCGGAGAACCGUAAAGCAGUGCCACUUUGCAUGACGUAAUUGGUUGUGUAGCCCGCGUACUGACAAGUGAACGAGAGCAGAUUAGGAUGGCUGAAAUGGUGAAUUGAGAGCCAAAGACGCGUAAGCUCACUAGAGGAGGGGUAUUUUGUUUUGUGCCAGGCUGCUCCAACCAAUUUUACAACAUAAGAAAUGAAAAAACGUUGCAUUUUCAUAAUUUGCCGCCGAAACGGCCGGUGAUUCUUCGACACUGGCUAGCAGCUAUGAAGCGUCAGGAUCCACCUGUUAGCAUAUACCCCCCCUCAGGUGAUGUUAAUGAGAGACCUGAGCCUGUUUUGACUUGCAAAGAUUCUCAAUUCUUGAUGCAAUGUUUGAUAAACACAGCCACUGUCCGGGAGGCAGGCUACAUACUGAGGAUCCUUACUCACACAUGCACGCAGCAGCAGCAGCGAUCAGAUGUAAACAUCUGUAUUAAAUGUAAUUAACUUCAUCACCAGAGUCUCCACUGUUUAACGGAGAUCUGACAUAAAAUAACCGAGGGAAAAAUGUCUUACCUUCACUCUGGUGUCUGAAACAGUCAGCAAUAUCAGUCAUUCAGCUCCAACAGGUAAUCCACCGAUAUUAUUCCUGUUUACAUCCUGUUUAAAUCCAGUUUACAACCUCGCAGUCAGCGUCUCAUCCAUUCAUGUAAAAAAAAUAAGUUUUUAGCACUGUUUCUGGUCAGCUGGCUCAGUCGUUUAUUUCCUGGUCUUCUUCCACCGGGACACAGAACGCAUUUGUGUUCCGACGUGGUGAGUCAGUCACGGCCUGUCUGGACCUGUGGUCUGGACUCGGUACCAAGUGGUGUCCAUGCUGCAGUCCAGUGAUGCUCCUACUGUUGGUCUCUAUCAGGACACCUGAAGCUAAAGCGAGCUAAAACUUUUUUUUCACACAAUGCAAAUGGUUGAAACGCGCUGACCAUGAGAAACAGGAUGUGAACAAUAUCGGUGGAUUAGUAAAUUGCUGGAGCUGGAUGACUGAUAAUGCUGACUGUUUUAGACUCCAGAGUGAAGGUAAGAAAUAUUUCCUCAAGGUUUGAUCAUUUAUGUCUCUGCUCGGCCGUGUGGUGGACAGAGUUUAGGACAUUUUAUAUGUUUUGAGGUCACUUUUCCUCCAUUAUUUCAUAUCAGAUCUCCGUUAAACAGCAGUGUGGUAUGAUAAGCUCCUGUGAAAGCUGUAGCUUUGUGAACACAAGUGGGUUUGUGUGGAUGGGAGGAGACAAGUGUGUAGAUGAGGGAGACUGGUGAGGAAUUUUAAACAGUUAAUAUCGAUGUUUACUUCAGAUCGCUGCUCUGUGUGUGCGUGUGUGUGAGUGUAAUGUUGCUACUGCCUCUUCCUCCUCCUCCACUUCUCCUUCUCGCUUACAUGGUCUCUUUCUGACCGGCUCAAAAUCAUACGCCAUCAAGUUGGAAUAAUAGACCUCCACCACAUCCAUCUCAAAAUCGUCCUCCGACAUCUUACCGCUUAACGAUUGAGUCACGUACACUAAUUACUAUUUUACCGCUCUGUUCCUGCACAACCCGUGACAUCACAACUGUUGUCAACUCAAGAUGGCACUGUGCGCAUGUCGUAAAUACACUCUUGAAAGUGGUUUUCCUAUUAAACAGCUGAUUUUUUACACAAAAAAAAUUUUAGACUCUCUCCUUAUUGAGUUUUUUUAACAAGCGAGGAUGCGGAUGUGGUGUAUUUCAUGCCCUCUUUAACUACUAAAGGCUGCAACUAAUUUUUAAAAUAAUUAUUCUCUUUUAGCUUUUGCUCUGGUCUUUACUUUCAGUUUGUAUUCAAUAAGUCAUUAUCACUGUAAAAUGUACUGCAACAACUGGGGUAACACAAAAAAACAGUUAUGUAAAUCGUGUGCGCCACAUUAAGGAUAAUAUUUAGAAUUUUUGUCAACAAUUGAAAGUCACUUUCUCAUAAGAAUUUAGUCAUAGGAAAAUCUAACUUUAAUGUCACAUUAAGAAGUCGUAUUGUUACAGAAGUAAAGUCGUGAUCAAGUCAUAAUGUCAGGAGAACGAAGUCUGUGUGUUCUGAGGAUGAAAUAGUAGUUUUGGUUCACGGCGAGCAGCUGUCUGGACCAAAAUGAGGACAGUGGAGCGUCUGGUUGAAGUGUUUGUAAUAUUUUUUCUCCUCAUCUUUUAGUUGUUACAGGAUCACGACUGAAAACAGCAUUUUGAGGAUUAUCUUUGACGAAAUAAAUAACUUUGGAUUUGAUUUUCUCACAGCUUUGUCCUUAAGAGAAAUGACGUGUUUAUGACUUUAUUGUUGUGAGAAAAUGACAGAAAAAGAGUGAAUCUGAAAAAGAAUUAAAACGGAAUUUUUUUUAGUUUGUUUCAAAUACUUCAUCAUUGGUCAAAAAAAUGUUCAGCUGUUGAAUAUUUUUCGUCACCUGCCAAUAAUACGAGUAAAUUGGAAAAUUAACUCUGUUCCUUGCGCAUAAACAUGUUGGUUGGACUGAUGGUACAGUUCUUACCCCCAAAUUCCACCGCAAGCGGAAUGGUGGCAAAAAGGCCGUUUGCACUAAUUGCCGCUGAUUGUAUCCAUUCAAGUUCACGUGUGGAAUUCGACCGGCUUCUUUCUGGCCCCCUGCGGUUCAGUGGGCUUUGUAGCCAAUUGCCAGGGUUCUAUAUUUCCGCACGCUGCAGCAUGCCGCAUAAAUUAAGCACAGAUUAACUCGUGCUCAAAAGGAAGUCAAGCACAGACACAGAAUUAAACAUCCAGCUUCUUUUCAAAAUAAAAGAUUAUGUGUUCCAGGCAGAUCAUAUUUCACACCAUGCAAACGUGAGCAGAGACGAAUGCGUUAAAGAUUUUCAGACGUCAUUUCACUCCGUUGAGACCAUGGAUAAGGAGAUGCUGACACCCAUAUUACAGAUCUCUAGGUUGUGUUGUUAUUCUAAUUUGUAAACAGUUGUUUUGUUGUGAUUUAGAACUCUUUUUUUGUACAGAUUUUUGUUUUUUCCAGCUACUUUAACAUUAAGUCUUUAAAUCAUUUCCUGUGAUAACGUUGUGUCAAAUUUUGAAAAUAAAAGGUCAAACGUAUUGUGAUCAGUGAUUUCUUAAUGCACAUAAUGUCAAAUCCACCUCAGUCGAACAGCCAGUCUCUGCUUUGCUUCGAUGGCAGCUCUGUAGUUUGUGUUCUGUUUUGUGAGUUUUGGGCCAAUGAUUGAGAGAAGGUGAUCAAUCUGCUCUGCACUCAUUCGGAAGUACUGAUGAUGCCUUUGACUGUCCAGGCACAGUUCAGCCACAAGAUUAUGAAAAUGUCCUUGUUGAUGCCUGUGCUGGUUCAAUGGAUGGACCCAGUGCCUACUUGUUCUCCUUUUCCCCCUCCUCCGCAGUCUUGCAAGCAGAAUUAACAAAGCAACUGCUCUUCUCCAAGCAGCAGGCACUGAAAUGCACCGAAAGAUUUAUUUGCUAAGUGUUGUUUCUAGGUAAAUAACAGUAUGCUCUUAAUACUGCAGUAAAUGUUAUAGCCACUCUAAAGUAAAAUGUUAUCUAAAGCUAUUUUGUUUCAUAUUUUUUGUAUUUCCAACGAGAACAACAAUAGUUACAUUUUUUAAAAUGCCCUUAAACUUUCCAAAGGCAUCAAAAAGGCAUACUCAUAAAAUGUUUAAUCUAUUAUCUGUUUCGUAGAUAAUGAUAAAUAUUGUACUUACCCGUGGUUAAUUCCCAAUCUCCACAAAAGUUUCUGAUAUACUUGUAUGGACAGAGUGGAUGUCCUCCUCUGGACACAAUCUACUGCUUAUAUGGUUAGGUGACUGUCUUUACAGAGACAACUUGUUAUCGCACAGUUGCAUGUGAAUUAGCAGGUUCUUGUGAGUCCUCGUGAUCCUCACUGUCUGAAAUUUGCCACGAAAUUUGCCUCACAAACGCAUCCGGUAGCCGCUGUUCCGCAUGCGGUGGAAUUUGGGGGUUAGAGUUGGACCUGUGCUGAUGGGGAAAAAGUGUCAUUAAGUUAAAAAUGCAGGAAUCUGAUCCAGAACUUUCUAACUUGAUGAUCCUGAAUGGCAUCAGCAUGUCGGGGAAACAAUGUUUUAUUAAUGCUGAGACACUUUUUAUUAAAAAACGUGAUGCACAUCAACUUUUGCUUAGAUAGGAUGAGUGAUGUGGAGUUACUGUAUGUUGUUGUCUUUACAUAGUAAGUGAGACAGGUUAGAAGAGUUACACAUAAUAAUAAUUUGGUUUUCAUUCCUUAAUAAUGAGGCAGAUAUAUGUUAUUUUAGAAUUUUCUGAAAUCAUUCUCGAUCCAACAGUUAGCUGAUGGACUUUUCAAGACUCAUUUGUAUAUAAAGCAUUAUUUCUACUGUGCUGUUGUGGGCUGAGGGAACAGUACCUGGUCUUGUGAAUACACAGGGUAAAUCCUAAAAGAAAAGGGUGAACUCAGGCUAAACUGAGAUGAGACAUUCAUGAAUGAAAGUUUGGUUUUCCUCCAGUCUUUGAAUGCCAUCAUACAGUAAAUAGUGUGUGGUAUUUUCAUUGUUUUUUUUGGUGAUGGUCCUGAAAAAGUCUUAGCAGCUUUGAAUCAGAGUAUUGGGUGUGAUCCAGAGUCUGUGCGGCCUCACUUAGAUGUGUUUCUGAACAUGCGUGUUGUCUGACUGAACUCUCUCUGUCUUAUCGGUGUUCCUCUCUGUCAUGCAUGUCCUCUUCAGUUAACGGUAAUACUCCUCCGGAUACUCUCCUGCUCUGAUGUUUCCAUUGUUAUUCAUGUGUUUCUGAAGCUAAUGGAGCAUCAGUUUCAUUCAUAAAUAAAGUUCAUGUCUCAGAGUUUAUUAACUUCACUUCAUCUCAGCACAGCUGGAUUUGUGAGUGUGUAGCUGUGUGUGAGGGAAGGCAAAACCAUUAUUGGCUUCUUGAACAGCAAUGACUCACGUAAUUCAAAAGCAGUGAGUGUUUGUGAGUUUUAUUGGGCCUCAAAAGUAGCUUCAUGAUUUCGUAUCUGGAGGUUUCACAUCAGAUAUCAGAGCAGCGUUGGGAGAUCUUCUCAAUGUUCAGAGAACCAAGUGUGAUCAUUUGCCUAACUCUGCAGCUUGUUAGAAGACACACAGACUUGAUUUCAGAUUUUUGACUAACAGAGGCUUUUUAUGUGGCACAUGGUAUUACAUAGUUUCACUAAUGGCAACAGUGCAGCAGAAACCAAAUCCAAUCUGGGGACUUGCCUAAAUAGAUUUUCCUCUCUAACCUCAUUUGUGGAUACAGUGAUGAACUGUGUUCAUAGACAAGGGUUUUUGAAGUGAUUUUGAGCACAUACAGUGAUUUCCACUUCAGAGUCCUGUCUGUUUUUAAUGCAGUGCUGUCUCGGGGUCUAAAGAUCAGGACCAUUCAGUCUUGGUUUUGGUCCUUGUCCCUUUAGUACAGAGAUUUCUCUAGAUUCUCUGAAUCUUUUAAUGAUAUGAUGUUCUGUAGAUGAUGAUAUUCAUUCAUUCCUUCACAUUUGACACUCAGGAAUAUUUUUCUAAAUGUUGGUGAACUAUUAGCUCACACAGUCUCUUACAAAGUGGCGAACCUCUUCCUAUCCUUCCCUCUGAGGGACUCAGCCUCUCUGAAUGUCCUUUUUAUACCCAGUCAUGUUAUUAACCUGUUGGCAAUUCACCUCAUUAGCUUUUUUUAGCAUCACAUUUCCAACUUCUUGAUUCUCCAUUAAGUAUUGCCUUUAAAUCAGUUGAAAACCAUAAAAUUCUGGUUCUUUAUGACUGUUUGAAACUUGCUGCUGAAAUCAAAUUCAAAAUGAGUGAAAUGAGAAUCACUCUAUUUAAACUUGUCUGGAUAUCAGAGCCCCUUGUAGAGACUUGUAAACUGGCUUUGUUGCCUAUAUGUUUGGGUCCUGUUGUACGACAGAUUUGUUUCUGCUGCACCGUCACCAUUAACCUCACUGAACCGUCUCAGCCUCAUGCUUCUCUGUGCUGAACCGUCACCAUUAAUCUGUUUGUUUUUCUGUUUUUUUUUUCUCCCAUCAUGCUUUGUGUUGCUGCUGCCUGACUCUGCUGCUGUGUGCUCUGCCCUGAUGACAAUGUCUUUUGGCUUCUGCCUCACCUCCACCCUCCUCCUCCCCUCGCUCUUCGCUCCUCCACUUUUGCUCUUUUUUUUUCUCCUCUUCUUCUCAUCUUCUUUUCAUACUCCUUUUUUAUUCUUUGCUCUUCUUUUCCCCACCCCCCUUGUCUCUUUAUUCUCCUCCUCUCUUAUUUUAUCUCCUGCAAACAAACCCUCUUUACAUCUUCUCCUUUUCCUUUUAAUUUCCUCCUUUCUUCAAACUUUUCCUUCUUGUGUCCUACAUCUUUCUGCUCCUGCCUCCUUCUUGUUCUUCCUCCUCUCUGUCUUUACUGGUCGUUGGUGAGCAGAGGAGGCUGAAGGUAAGUCUUUUUUGUUCUUCAACAGCUACAACAUGUAUUGUAAUACAGUCUGCUUUUGAUGAACAUUUCUUUGACCUUUGCUCUCCUCUUCUGUUUCCUCUCAGUGUCUAACAUCGACCAUGUGGUUCUGGAUGAAGAUCACUCUGGAUCCAGGAGGCUGCAGAACCUCUGGAGGUAAAAAAAUGACCCAACAGUUCUGUUUGCUUCACGAACUCUAGCAGGGUUUCUACGUGUCCUGGAAAGCCUUUAAAACAGCUAAACAGUUUUCCAGUACUGGAAAACACCUGGAAAAUGGAAGACAAGUGAAAUGUCCUGGAAAAUCACAUAUUGUCCUGGAAAAUAAUUCUAACGGGACUAGAAAGAAAACCGCCCAAUCUGGCAACACUGAUUGGGCACAGAGCUUAGGGGGGUCUCUGCCUCACAACUUUGCUGCAGGCUGACAUCUGAAUUGCCGUACUAUAGCUAGUAGCAGUGCAAAACUCCCAAUAGUGAAAACAAAUGAAACAAAAAGAGUGACACAGCUGCACAAAAACUGCACGUUGUAGACAUCUCUGAUCACAAUAGACAUCGCCAUGCAGAACAACAAUUUAAACUUUUUUGAACCUUCAAACAUAGAGUGUGUCUUGUAUUCUGAUGCAAUUUUUCCAGAGUUUACAGUAAUGUUAUUGGUGACAUUUUAGCUCGCACUGAACCGUUCUUGUCUGACUGUCUUUCUUACUAACCGAGCUGAGGUCGCACUUCCAAGUCUGUGUCCCGCUAUGAGCCCGGCAACAGUGAGAGUGAAAUACAACUAUUUCAUACCUUAGAUAAACGCAAAUUGAGAACUGUGUUUAUGAACUGCAGAGCGUAGAAAAUAACACAGAAAAAUGCGUUUUUAUGCACAAUGAACAGGGCCCAACUGUGUAAAUCAAAUAGCAGAAUAACAGACCACUUUACUGGAUAAAUAUUCAUGAUAAAUUAGGUAUAUUUUGAGUUUAGUUGAGAAUCAUGUGUGGCCAUGUUUGUCAUUUAGUUGUAUUUAGCGUUGCAUUUUAGUUAGCUUUGAGAUUCCUUUGCGUUCUCCUUUGUUCUUUGCUCAGUAAAUUUUAUAUUUUUUGAGGAAAGAGAAGGCUGAGAUGUUCGUUGUUUCUUGGUUGCACGAAUAAAGUGAGGUGCUGUUCAUCUGUGGAUGCAUUAUUCUUUAAUCUAUUUGCAAUAGUUUUAAGUACGUAAGUGGUAAUUUCAUAGAUAGCCAUAGACUGCACAUCCUUAAAUGUAGACUUUCAUGAGAGGAGCAUAUUAGACUAUUUAGGAACUACAUUUAGACUGUCCUACCAGCUUGAACAUUACUUAGUCUUUUAAAUGUGAAAGUAAUGUGGCACUGUUUGGAAAGACAGUCAUAAUUUUCCAACAUCUAUUUGAUCACAAAUACUAGAACCAAACUGCAUUUGAAACACAAACAUUUCAGGUUAUUUCAUGAUAGCAGUGAUGGCUGAACUGCAAAGUGUUGGCUUCAUUUUAUCUAAAGCUACAGAUGAAGUAAAAUGCAAAAUAAUUUCAUGCAAAGGGAGGGACACAACCUCUAUGACCAAACACAUCGGUACUGUGCACCAAAUGCAGAACCUUUGAUUGUCUGCAGCUUUAAAGACCUCUGUCAACUCCAGCUGUUUUUACUGCUGCACCUGCAAGGCUGCUGUCCUCCUCUCCACCCAAAUCAGCAGGACACGAAACACAGCCAGACUUUAGAGUAGGUGCUGUUUCUCAAGAGUCAUAAUCCAAUAUUGAAAUCAGCAGGUUAAAGCUCAUUAGCUAACUUACUGAGGUGAUAUACAAUUACACUGUGAGGUGUUCAAGGUCGGGUAAGAAUUAAACCAAAGUAAAUAAUGUGCCAUGAUGAUGUGUUUAAAUGUCGCAUCCAGGAAAAAGGAACAGCUUACUGUCAUUUAACCAUGUUAAAGUAGACCAUUAUGGGGAUUAUAACUCUGUUUGUUUGUGUGUGUGUGUGUCUGUGUGUGUUACAGAGACUCCAGAGAGGAGGCGCUGGGUGAAUACUACAUGAGGAAAUACGCCAAGUCAUCAGGAGGUGAACAGUGAGUGUUUCUGAGUCUUCUCUAAAUUGAACUCCUCCUUUGCGUCGUUGACCUUUACAGGCCCCAACAGCUCUUAAUGCUGAACUCAGAAGCCAGAAAACAGCAGGUCAAGCUCUCCACACCAUGACGCUUUCUUUGUUUUACCACAUUUUUUGGUUUUCGUUCCAGUUAUUCUUACAGGAUAGAAAAAGAAAAGUUUCUCAAACUUUGAUGGAGUCCUUAAGUGUCUGAGUAAGACAUGUGUCCUCUUGUUUUCUUCUUCUGUGGUGUGCAGUUUCUCUGGAGGGUCUGAGGAGCUCUCAGAUGACAUCACUCAGCAGCAGCUACUUCCUGGAGUCAAGUAUGUGAACUCUUUUCCACCAAUCAACAUCAAGACAGCUGCAGAUGAUCCGAGGAGGUUUGAGUGAGAAUGUCUUUUUAAUGUCAACUUCUGCCUGUCUUCUGCAGGGAUCCCAAUCUGUGGACAGUCAAGUGUAAGGUGUGUGUCUGCUCAAACACACUCACAGCUGGGAAACACACAACUACAGUCUGUGUGUGUGUCUGUGUGCGUGUGUUUAUUCAAAUAUUUAUUGUGUUGUCUUUAGAUCGGAGAGGAGAGGGCGACUGCCAUCGCGCUGAUGAGGAAGUUCAUCGCUUAUCAGUUCACGGACACGGUAAGAAACUCGAUAAGUCUGAGUGCUGAGCUCUUUGGUGACUCUUUGAGUGAAACAAACAGGAAACAGGGCAGACAGCAGAGCUCAGACCUGCUGCUCAUAACAGAUCUGUAGUGGAGGGCUGCGUCAUUAUAGAAGAAUUUCAACAAGAAGAACAAUUUGUAAACAGAAGAGUCUCUGGUUAGUUCUCACAGAUUCUCAUCCUGACAGCAUGAAGAGAUUAAGCUGCAUUUUAUAUUUGAAGUUUUAUUUUUUGUAAUCAGCAAAAUAAUUCAGUGUUUUUGAUGGCAUCUGUCUUUUUUAAACAUCUGUGAUCAUGCUGAAAGCUGAAUAAACAUAAACAUAAACAUAAACAUAAACAUUAUAAAGGAGAGGUCUCACCCCCCCCACCCCACCCCCACUGUUUCCAUUAACAAAUGCUCCCCCUUCAGUCCUCACUGCUCUGGGCACAAACAGGCUUGAGCAUGAUUACCUACAUCUUCAUUUAAUGUUCUUCAUUCACAAUAAACAGUGUCCAGUGAAAAACAGCACUGCAGAGUGUGACAGACUGCAGACCGCUACUUUCAUGCUCUGACCAGUUGUCAUUUCCCUGUCUUCAACCUUUUUACUGGGUCCUGUCCUUCUUUUGAAAUUGAUGUAAUAGAGUUCUUGUUCUCUGGUGCUUCAUUGCACUGUGCUUGCUUGUGCACGCACAGGCAACCAAGCUCCAGUUCUUCCAAGGUGGAGAGUGGGAGCACUCGAUCUGGGCCAGACAAACUGGGCUUUAGCGGUAUCACCCAGUAUGAGUGCCCCCUAAGUUUUUCAGCUGGACUCCGAAAGCAGGCUUUUAAACUUUGAGAUAAACACCAGGAGCUCGUGCUUUCACAGGGAGGAUGAGCGCUCAGUGAAGAUAGUGAAAAGUUUAGCAGCCAACCUCAUGAUUCCUCGUGUCUCCACAGUCCAAGAUAUGUUGGAAAGAUGAGCAGUGAGAGGCAGUGCUUCACUGAGGUUAUCCAGAGGGCUAGGACCACAGUCAGGAUCAGAGCCAGCAGUUUUUAAUGAACAGGAUGAGGUGUAGAAACACUGGAGGUCGCUAUUGUUCUGUCUCUAGUUUUAAUUAAUAGCCCCUCCUUCCCAACAGCCUCUGCAGAUUAAGUCGGUGGUCGCCCCGGAUCACGUCAAAGGUUACAUCUACGUGGAGUCGUACAAGCAGACCCACGUAAAGUCAGCCAUCGAAGGCAUCGGGAACCUGAGGAUGGGUCUGUGGAAUCAGCAGAUGGUCCCCAUCAAAGAGAUGACGGACGUCCUGAAAGUGGUCAAAGAGGUCACCAACCUGAAGCCCAAGUCCUGGGUCAGACUAAAGAGAGGCCUGUACAAAGAUGACAUCGCUCAGGUAAACAGUGGAGGAGAAAACAGCAGAAAGUUCCCAAACCCACAAAUAUCUGACACUUAAUGAAAGCAGGACUUAUAGAGUCCUGAGUGAACACAGAAAUGAUCAUCAAAUGAUGAUGAUGGGCUUCAUUUAAUUCUCUAGGUGGACUACGUGGAGCCGAGUCAGAACACCAUCUCCCUGAAGAUGAUUCCUCGUAUAGACCUGGACCGCAUCAAGGCCAAGAUGAGCCUGGUAACCAAGAACACACAUUUUCAAACUUUGAUUUUCUGUUUGGUUCACUGUGAAAACAGUUUAUUCACACAGUGGUGUGUCUGUGUACCUCUGUCCUGUAGAAAGACUGGUUUGCUAAGAGGAAGAAGUUCAAGAGACCAGCUCAGAGACUGUUUGAUGCUGAAAAGAUCAGGUACACACUUGUUCAUCAAAAGUACAACCGAAGGCCGUGAUAAUGUCAGGGUUUUCUGCCACAUAGAUGCUUCUAUCAACCGUAGAGUUUGAUAUAGAUAUUUGAAAAGUUGUAUAAACUUAGUCCUCAGCCAGUGUCCUCCACAUGCAGAAUAUAGUCCAUCAGAACAGUGUUAUUGGGGUGAAGUCCAACCUUUUAAACCAGAAGAUGAUUUGAGACUGAAGUGGUUCCUGAGACCCACAUCUGAUGGUUUUAUCGACAGGUCCCUUGGAGGCGAGGUCAGCCAUGACGGAGACUUCAUGAUUUUUGAGGGGAACCGUUACAGCCGCAAAGGAUUCCUGUUUAAGAGCUUUGCCAUGUCAGCAGUGGUGAGGAUUAGCUCAAGUCACUUACAAUGUUUAAUAUGUUGGAUCCUGAUCACUUCCUUUCAAAGACGGCUGAUUAAUCUUUGUCUCUCUGUCAGAUCACAGACGGCGUGAAACCCACACUGUCAGAGCUGGAGAAGUUUGAGGACCAGCCUGAAGGAAUCGACUUGGAGGUGGUCACAGAGUCAGGUAGGAGGUCUCUGUGUGCUGUUUAGGGUUCAGGUUUAAUUAAAGUCAUGGUAAAUUUAGUCUGUAAUUUUGUCCAACAGUUUGAACUUUCUGUGUUUUAAAUCUUUUACUACAUCAACCUCUCAAACUCUCUUGUGAGCAAAUUAAGAUCAACGCUUUACAAUUACAGAUUACAGAGGUCAGACCCACGAGGACUGUGAGGUUUCUUCUUACUAAAAGGCAAAUGUGUGUGUGUGUGUGUGUGUGUGUGUGAGCAGGUAAGGAGCGUGAACACAACCUGCAAGCUGGUGAUAACGUGGAGGUGUGUGAGGGAGAGUUGAUCAACCUGCAGGGAAAAAUCCUCAGCGUGGACGGAAACAAGAUCACCAUCAUGCCUAAACAUGAAGACCUGAAGGUACACACACACACACACACACACACACACACACAAAGCCCUUUCCGUCUGCCAAAGAUCUUCACAAAUGUCUUUAACACACUGGUGCAUUUAAGUCCAUCAUUACAUCUUACGACACUUCAAGGCUCUUGAAAAGUCUGAGCGAGGCAUCUGUUUGUCGUGCUUUAAUGUGUAAUGUGUGUGUGUGUGUGUGUGUGUGUGUGUGUGUAUGUGUGUGUGUGUGUGUGUGUUGUGUCUCAGGACCCUCUGGAGUUUCCGGCUCAUGAGUUGAGGAAAUAUUUCCGUAUGGGUGACCACGUGAAGGUGAUUGCCGGCCGUUACGAAGGGGACACGGGCCUCAUCGUCAGAGUGGAGGAGAACUUUGUCAUCCUGUUCUCUGACCUUACCAUGCACGAGGUACAGCAAGCCCCACCCAUUUAUUAAAGAACACAAAGGUUACAGAGCAGUACAAUGCUCGAGGAGACUUGUUAAGACCCACACGCUUCCUAAUGAGACUUAACUGGUUGGGAAAAUUCGUCUGAAUGCGUGAAAGUGCAGAAGAAAGUGACCCCGAUCUCACUUGACUUGUUGCCUAUCUACAGUUGAAGGUGUUGCCCAGAGACCUGCAGCUUUGCUCGGAGACAGCAUCUGGAGUGGAUGCAGGAGGACAGCAUGAGUGGGGGGAGCUAGUCCAGCUGGACCCUCAGACAGUGGGAGUCAUCGUUCGACUGGAGAGAGAGACGUUUCAGGUCAGAGUCUGCUCCAGGACAGACAGGACGCUGUCUUACCCUGCAGCCUCCACAAGCAGUUCAAUAGUCUCUGUCAAAUAACGAACUAAGACCGUUAAAGGGGAUGUCUUCUGUGUCUGUCAGGUGUUGAACAUGCAUGGAAAGGUUCUGACAGUUCGGCACCAGGCAGUAAACCGCAGGAAGGACAAUCGCUUCGCUGUGGCUUUGGACUCAGAGCAGAACAACAUCCACGUCAAAGACAUUGUCAAAGUCAUCGACGGGCCGCACUCUGUAAGGACAAAAGAGUUUACUAAUCAGCUUCUACCCUCUUUCACUCAUGAUGAAAAAUAGACAUUUUCCUGACACUCUUAGGACUUUAAGGCCCUCAUGUUUUCAGAAAUGUCCCUUUAAUACAUAAACCUCACAGCAGGAGGUUUUCUGUGCAGCUCAUGAGUGAAAGAGGACCAUAUUUUCUUCCAUUUGGACCCUGGAGCUCUUAUCUGCACAGACACACAGACAGUGUUUCAGCUCACUGAGGUCUUGUCUAUGUUUUUGUUUCCUCCCCCCCUGUAGGGCCGUGAAGGUGAGAUCCGUCACCUUUUCCGAGGCUUCGCCUUCCUCCACUGUAAGAAGCUGGUGGAGAACGGAGGCAUGUUCGUCUGCAAGACCAGACACCUAGUGUUAGCUGGUGGAUCCAAGGUCAGCACUGCAGAAACUAUUUGAUGUAUGGCUGUGGACAAAACAAUUACCAGAUGAGUUUACAUGAAAAACGAUAUUUAAAGAGAGAGACAGAAUUUUCAGAGUUUGCUUCAUGUAGGUCAGAGUCAGAUCCUAUAAAGCCUGGAUCUUCAGGCCACAACAACAUCAUUUAGACCCAAAAUAUAAACAACAGCCGAGUUUGAGCAAAACCAGAAUCCCCCCUUUAAAGGAUCACCAAGUGUUGUUGAUUGUUUUCUUUACUGGCGUGUUUUAUAAGCAGCAGAGGAAGCCCAUCUCAGCGUGAUGUGAAGUUUUCUGUACAUAAACAGAACUAUGUUUUAAAUAUGUGUCCUCUUUCAGCCCAGAGACGUCACCAACUUCACAGUGGGAGGAUUUGCUCCCAUGAGCCCUCGCAUCAGCAGUCCCAUGCAUCAUGGCGGUGGAGGUUGGUGUCCAAGCUCCAAGAUGUCUUUGUGUUGAUUUCACUUUGUGUUACAUUAUUGAUGUACGGAAACACAUGUGUUUUAUAAAUGAAGUCUGAUUGUUGGUGUUCUCCGUCUCUUUAGGUGCUCAGCAGAGAGGAGGAGGUGGAGGAGGGAUGGGGCGGGGCAGAGGACGAAGAGACAACGAGCUGAUUGGUCAGACCGUCCGUAUCUCGCAGGGUCCUUACAAAGGUGAGGCUCCUGGUCAUCAGAACACUGGUCAGCUCUCCUUGACUAUGUCUGAUACUGAUGGUUUUGCCCACAUGUCCUAGGUUACAUCGGUGUGGUGAAGGAUGCAACAGAGUCGACGGCCCGAGUAGAGCUGCACUCCACCUGUCAGACCAUCUCUGUAGACAGACAGCGCUUAACAACCAUGUAAGUCACUGACUUUUUCAACCCAUAUUUUCAGUGUCUUGCAUCAACUUCCCUGUGUGUUUGAAGGACUGCAGCUUUCAGAAGAGUCUGCAGACUGAGGCAAAGUAAAAAAAACAAAACACUUUUAACACCAGCUGUGAGAAAGAGUGUUUGUGUUAUUUUAACUUUUGAGGAGGCUGAGAAAACAGAGAUGGAUUAUAAAACCAACCGUCAGAAAACAUUGAAGUAGACCAAAUAAAACGUAGAACGCUAAUGAUGGGAAUCUUUUCCUGUCUGCUCUCGAGUUUCUAAAUCUCGAGCAGAAAGGUUAAAAAAAGAAAGGGUUUUGUCCCCCUAAAAGUUCCCCAAACAGAUUCCUACUAACCAAAGUUAAAAUAUUUAAAGUGACUGUGGGACUUUCUCAAGUUUGAGUUGAUUUUGGCACCUCCUGUGGACAGAGUAUUCAAAGUAUCAUUGUCCUAAUUAUAGCACUAACAGUCUGGAUUUGGUAACCUUUCAAAACGCUUUGGAUGUAUAGGUCAGCAGAGGACUGGCUUUGCUGAUCAUAAAGAGCUAAAUAAGGGAAGCUCAGAUCAUUUAAAUGUUUGUUUUUUUAAUGUUGUGCAGUGUUGUUUUCGUCAGGCAGGACGAAAACUUAAAUGACGACGUCAGACCCCUUUUUUCCUUGACGAAAAUGAGACUAAGACGAACGUCACCAAAGCUCUGUAAAGACUAAAAUGUGACGAAAAUUGUAUUGAUUUUCGUCAGACGAGAACGAGACGAGACUAAAUUGUUAUUAGGUGGAUGAACAAAGUUUCAAAACAUGCUUUUUUUUGUCCUAACAGUCACGCCCCCAUCACACACGCACCAAAAGCCUCGCUCACGCACAGCUGCGCACACACACUCAUACACAUACACAGAGCGACAGGUGGACGAGGCGCGCACACACACACACCGAGGCGGCAGGCACAGCAGCGGUGCCCGGUGGCUGAAAAAUGAGGGAUGAUUUAUAGUCCUACUUCAGAUACAGUCCAAGUGACAAUAAAACACAAUGUCUUGUACGGGGACGGGGAGACGAGACAGACGACAGUUGUGGAGCCACAGCUUCCUAAUGCUGCGGCUUCAAACUGUCUGGAAAGAACACCACGAACCUCAAAAGGCACCUUUUCGAGAGACUAAAACUAGACUAAAACCCUUUGAGUUUUCGUCGGACUAAAACUAGUCGAAAACUAUCAAGGAUAGAAAUGACUAAAAUGGGACUAAAACGAAGAAGCAUUUCGUCAAAAUGACUAAGACUAAAACUAAAUCUAAAAUGCCUGCAAAAAACAACACUGAUGUUGUGUAAUUUCCUCUCUUCUGCAGGGGAGCAAAGAGACACACUGGAAUGACCUCCACCCAUGGGCGCACUCCCAUCUACGGUUCCCAGACCCCCAUGUAUGGCACCGGCUCCAGAACACCCAUGUAUGGGUCCCAGACGCCGCUGCAUGAUGGUGAGACUCGCUUUGCUUCAACAUAUCUUUCAUUUAUCUUUUUUUUGUGACUUGUCUCUUUCUUUUCCCCGGGUUCAUCAUGGGAUGGAUCACAGUCAGGAUGCAAACAUCUUGUUGUCUCUCUAAAAAUGUCCUCAGGGUAGAAGAUUGUUCAAGUGGGUGUGAAGUUAGCUCCGCAUCAUGGCCGUUUCAGUCAAAAUAGAGUGGGCCAAGUUUAGAUCUCUGUGGGAAACUAUGAAUACUGAAUCUUACUGAACGAUAAUAUUAACUUACUUGACUUUUUAAAAUGAGGUUCAGCUGCAAUAACUCAGACUAACAAUGAUAUUCACUUCACUGUUCAAAGAAGUUGUAAAUAAACGUGAUGAGAUAAAGAUGUGAGAACCUCUGAUGUAAGAGUGAAUCAGUAUGUAGUAAAUACAUAAAAUUAGAGGUUGAAUAGGAAGACUGAGUGACUCACCAGUCUCCUUUUACGCUUUCAGGAAGUCGAACACCACACUACGGCUCUCAGACCCCACUACAUGAUGGGAGCAGGACGCCAGGUCAAAGUGGAGCCUGGGACCCCAGCAACCCCAACACACCUUCGAGGUGACACUCACAAACACACACAAUCAUUUAGAGCUCAGUGUGUUUUCCUGUUUAUCCUCAGUUUUAUCAUUUCUGUCUGUCUCCCCCAGGAAUGAUGAGGAGUACGACUUCGGCUACGAUGAUGAGCCCUCCCCAUCCCCUCAGGGAUACGGCGGGACCCCCAACCCCCAGACCCCAGGUUACCCAGAAGUCCCAUCUCCACAAGUCAACCCUCAGUACAAUCCUCAGACACCUGGCACGCCUGCUAUGUGAGUAUCAACAGAUGUGGUUACCUAUGGAUGGCAAAACAUGGACCUUAGUGACAGAUGAAUGUGUCUAAAAGUCACUCAAUAAACUUCCAGACUUUUCCCAUAUUUCAGAUGAUCAAAUGUUUCUUUGCUCUUAUAUAAUGAAGAAUUAAAAUUUGUGGAAUGACCCUUUAAAAACGUAGCUUUCUGUUUCUAAAAGUCACAGUUUUUUAGAUUUGAUAAUCUUAUCUUACCUGUGUGAUUGUGUGUGUUUUCUCUCAGGUAUAACACUGAGCAGUAUUCUCCCUACGCGGCCCCGUCGCCUCAGGGCUCCUAUCAGCCCAGCCCCAGUCCUCAGAGCUACCACCAGGUGGCACCCUCACCAGUUGGCUACCAGAACACACAUUCUCCUGCCAGCUACCAUCCAACACCCUCCCCAAUGGCCUAUCAGGUACGAGAUUCUUCAGUGUGACUACUGAGAACCACAGACUGCUCUGUGAACUUCAGAGUUAUUAAGCUGGCUGCUCAGUUUUCAUCAUCAGGAUAACCGAUGUUUGCCAGUGUUUGUUUCACUCUUGAAGCCUUUUGGCAGCUGCCAACAUAUUGGAAAUGUGGCCUCAACCUAACUGUUCGUUGACAGUCAGUGGUGUACAAAUGCAGCUAAAGCUACCCUGUAAGAUAGCAGUAACUUUGUUGGCAUGGAGCAUCAGGAAGCUGUGUGGGAUGCUCUGAAGUGAGUACUCUUAGUCUCAAAAAACAAAAAUUUUAAUCUUGACAAGUUUAGAGGUAAGAACAAAAAUCUGGAAACAGCCAAACCUGAGCACAGAUCAACUCAGCAGAGGUUAGCAGAGCGAGCACCGCCAGGCUUCAAGCCUUCUUGCAGGUUGAUGCCCACAUGCCAGAGGUGUAGAAGUCAGUUUAACUAGACCCUGCUUAUGUAAUACUUUUUCUCUACGGGAGAUUACAUCUGCGAUCUGAGCAAACACUGAUCAGGACUUUCUGUCGGGUCACUGAAGUGAAACCUUGUCAGUCACAGUUGUUCAUACAGUCAGGGAUACCCUGAACUAUAGUCAAGACGGAAAAACUGAGCUUAAUGUUUGUGUCCGUGCACUUUUCAGCCUAAAGAGGAGUGUCUGACAAAGUAAUGAAGGUCCAGUAUUUGAAUUACGUGAUCUCUCUGUUCUGGAGAGGAACAGAGAGAGGACUGAUGCAGAUAAGCGACUUCUGGGAAAACUAAGUGAUUAAGUAUUUUAAUGAUAAUAAAACAGAAGAUCAGAGUCGCAAGUUUCCAUUUCUGCUCUUAUUAGAAAAUAGCCGUCUUGACAAAUCCAGAUUCUCCAUCACCAUGAUUUAGUUACCUGUGAAAUUUUUCCUGUUCAAUGUCCAGCAGUCCACUCCCUCCCACUUUAAUGCUGCAAGGAAGAAGGUCCCUAUGACCAAAGUUAAGACAAAGAUUUAAUGUUACAGCCACAGUUACUUUUAAAAUGUAAUUUGAUUACCGAUCACUCCUUUAAAAAGUAACUUAGUUUCUUUACUGAUUACUUGAUUUUAAAAGUAACAAAGUUAGAUUACAAGUUACAUUUAGCAGCCUCAACAUGUAAAUAAAAACCAUUUUCUUUCCAACACUCACUUUAUCGGAAGUGUAAUUUCAACAGGAAUGUCAAAAAAUACAUGUAUUUUUUUAUUAAGUAAAGAUAGCCUCGACUGACAAAACAUAAACAAUUCUUUUUAAUGAAAUAUAAAAUAAGCUUGAGAACGCGCAUCUCUCUCCUCCCUCCAUUGUUGUUUAUGUUCGUUUUGCCGUGGCUGCUUCAUGUGUGUGCAUAUGACUUACACCUGAGUGGUUUGUGAUUGAGUGUUUUUUUAGUUAGGUUGUUUCGUGACUUGUCGCUUAUGUAACUGAUGUCACUCCUCCCAGAUGAAAACAAUAUAUUUUUUUGGGGGGGAGGGGGGUGAGAGAAAAUAGUUAUGCACACAUGUUAAAUCUAAUUACUGGUUUGGAAAUAGCAACGCAUUAGAUAACUCGAUUACUUGUUACGGAAAAAAGUGGUCUAAUUAGACCAGCGCGUUACUAAGUAAUGUGUUACUGGCAUCACUGGUUACAGCCACUCCAAAAUGUUACGUUCAUCAAGAUCCACAGAUGACUUCACACCUAUGCUCCUGCUCAAGCCAUCAGGGAGUCAUUUCAGCCUGUUUUUAGUGAUUUAGGUCAUUUAGCUCAGAACUGUCUCUCUUUGUGUGUUCUGCUCUGGGGAUUGAAGAAUUUCCUUCAGUUUGUGGAGCUUUUAGUUUUGUUGUUUUUGUAGUUGUUGUUGUUGCUGCUGCCCUGUUAUUUUGUUUCUUCAUCUUCCUCCAUUUCUGCUCCUGCCCACAUCCUUUACUUAUGCAGAUGUCUUAGCACCAAAGAAACCGGAUCAUCCUGUAAACCUGAUCCACAUAAAACAGAUUAUCCGUCCGAAACCUGGGAGUGUUACCAGAUUUUGAAUAAUCCAGUCCAGUGAAGAAUAUCAGAUAUUUGUUACACCUGUGUAACUCCAGAAAUGAGACAGUGGUCACUUUGGUCACUUUGGUCCAUGUAAACACACUCAGUGACUUUUUGCUCCCACAGGCAAGUCCUAGUCCCAGUCCCGUUGGUUACAGUCCGAUGACACCCGGGGCGCCCUCUCCUGGAGGAUAUAAUCCUCACACCCCGGGCUCCAACAUCGAGCAGGGCAGCAGCGACUGGGUGACCACCGACAUCCUGGUCCGGGUUAAGGACUCCUUCAUGGACCUGAUGGGACAGAUCGGAGUGAUCAGGAGCGUCACGGUAAAAAAACACACACAGAGCACUUUUGUUUUAUGUAAGUCUGUCCCAUCUCACAGUGUGAAAUCUCUGCUUUGCAGUGAAGAGAGAAACUUUGAGGGGAAAUGUCUGGUGAACUGACUCUCUUUGUAUUUGGCUUCACCUGUACUCUUCAAGGUUUUUUUCUUGAAGGAGGAAGAACUUCAGCAGAUUUAAAAAAAACUUAAGAAACCAGCAACUCUAUUUAAACCCUCAGGGUCACUUGAGAAGUUCAAACCAUGAAAGUGGCUGUGGAAAAACCUGGUUCUGGACAACUUUCAGAGUCCAAGGGUUCCACACCAAGUUCCAAAUGUGGUGCGCCGUGAAGAUGAAACGAUGGUUAUUUCAAUACGAAGCAGGGGAAGAGUCGUAGGAGGAGCAUAUGUUAUCAGCAAGUCGUUUGUUGAUAAGCAGAGAACUGAUUUCAAGCUCUGUAACGCAGAAACAGAGAGCCUAAUCAAUGCCUCCACACGCUGUUAAUAAUGCGCCACAGGAGUAUGGUAGCAGUGUGCAUGGAAAGAGGAAAUAAAUCCAGGACAGUGUGAAAUCAGUGAUGCAACAGAAGUGUUUUUAUAGUGCAGCUUUCCCACACAUAGAUGACACCUGUGCAGGCUGCUCAAACUCCCUGUCGUUUUUAUCCAUGUGAGGUUUCCACCAACGGUGACCACCCAGACUGUAAAUGCAAGUUAGGCCGAUCAGAGGCCUGUACUACGAAGCUGGAUUUGGUCUUAGCGAGAUAACUUCUGGAUAACUUCUGGGUUUUCUGUACUGCGAAGGUGGAUCUCUUUUUAUCCGGGUCCGUUGCCCCGGUAACUUACGCGGAACGCCAAACCUGCUCCGGAGCAGGUUAUGUUUCAGGAUAAGAUCUCAGCAGGUAUAAAAGACCGCCCACUGACCAAUCAGAUCUCUUGGAAAAUGGCUUGCCCACUUUUGCUGGAUCCCGGGGACAUCGUUGCACGGAUAGUGAGAGGAGCGCUCCGCCGAGAGCGUUAUAUUCAUGAUCGUUCAAAUCCGUUUGAUUUACCUGAUGACGUUCUCUAUGAACGUUACAGGUUUUCCUCGGACGGCCUCAAUAUUCAGGUAGCAUGAAGUCUAAGCAAUACACUAAUAUUUGCCAAGCUCCAGGUUCAAAUUUGUUAGUCAUCUUUCAGAAUUCAUUGAAGCAGAUUAGAAAACUCUUAACCCCAAAUGUGUCUGCAGAUGACGUGAGCAUCAGAUGAUGGAGAAAAAAAAGGCAGUGUGAGGAAAUCACUGUUUACGUGUUGAAAUAUGUACAAAUAAAAUCUUCCAAUAAACUUACAAACUACUUUAAAGGAUGUUUUUAGAUUUAUUUUUAUUUGCUCCCACGUACUCUUUUCCCCACUGCUGUUAUAUCUGAAAUAAUGAGGUCAAUGAUGGUGGUGAUCACACACGCUGCAUGACAAUAUAUUAGGGGGCCAUAAAUUUAUGAACGCACAAAUGUAAUUUACACAACCGGUGAUUUUUUUUGUCGGCAGUCCCUCUGGCUUUUAGUGGCUGUGUCUGUCUCACUGUUUAAAUAAAGCUCUGUUCUUCAGCUGUGAAAAAUGACGUGCAGCCUUCUCCAUUGUGGAGAUUGGUCCGGUGGCACUGACCCGACCCCCUUUACGUGUGCGCAUACAGAUCUGAACUGGAUUCAGUCAUCGAGUUGAUAUCCUGCUUCGUAGUACAGCUGAUUGGGAUCGCGGAGAUCCGGUGAAGUUGAGCGAGUUGUCGCAGAGUUAUCCUGGAUUUGUUAAUCCAGCUUCAUAGUACAGGCCUCAGAGUUUAUGUCUGAUAGUUGUCAUGCCCAGAAUGUCAUGUAUAUCCCCAAAUCCAGAAAGCUGUAUAUUAAUUGAAGCCUCAAUGCAAAUGAUUUUCCUGGAGGUUUUUUGAUAAUCAAGUAACUGGAUUUCUCGGAGGUACCAUUUUAGCUUUUUAAUCAGCCCUCCUCCCCACUGAUGUCUUUCUUGGUGAGGCAGUAACUGCAUCAGUCAGGUCUUGCACCUCCAUCAUAUUUGGCAACAUGUUCAUCUGCAUCUGUGAAUACUUGACCUUAAAGGUUGGAUCACCCAGAUUGCUGCUGGGUGAAUACAGCCUAUUAGACUUGAUAAUGAGACUCACUCUGGAUUUCCUUUUGAAGGCUUCAUCUGGUUCUGCCUCAUUUAGUUCUAAAGAAAGAACAUUUUGUGGAGCAACAGAAAGGAAAAUACUGAAGAGUGCCGAUUGACAUCAGCAACAUUUGUAAACCAUUAUUUACUUUAGAUGGAUCUGAAAUGAAAAAACGUAGAGGGCUCUGAAUGUUUUUACCUACAGGAAGCCAAGGCAUCGGUCAUGGAGUAAGUGUUUUGGCAUAAUUCUGUUUCAGACUUCUCAAACAGAGUCCAUCAAAGUAUAACUCAGACAACUUAAAAGUUUCACAUCUUGAAAAUCAUCGACAGAAACACUCAUGAGGGCAAAAGUGACAAAUCCCUUUAAACUGAGAUCAUAAAACUACAGAGUUCAGAGACUUUUUGUAAAAUUUUGGACUUUUUGUGUUUGAUUUUUAUUCUGGAUAUUUGUCAGUAGUAUAAAACUGGUGUAAACAACAGGCCUGGUCUCUGUUAUUUUGAUAUACAGCACACGUUUUAAGAGUUUAAUUUUAUUUGAAAACAAAACCCUUACUGCGUCAGCUUAAAGUGGUCCUGUGUCUCUGUGUCUGUCCUCAGGGGGGCAUGUGCUCAGUGUUUAUGCAGGAGUCGGAGAAGGUCGUCAGUAUCAGCAGUGAUCACUUGGAGCCCGUCACCCCGACCAAGAACAACAAGGUAACAGAAACAGUUCACAUUUUCAUUGGUAACAAGUUCAGAAGAUUUAGAGUCCCCAAAGCACUUUUAAUCCAGCACUGAGGUCAGAAUUCAAGACGUGUGUGUGUGCGUGUGCAUGUGUGACUGAACUCUGUGAGAAAAGAGGAAUCACAUCUUUGUUAGACUGAGGUCUGUCCUUCGAUUUUCCUCUUUGUUCUGCAUUUAUCUGGAGAAUAACACAAGUCUUGAUUGUUCGUCAUAUUCAGCAGCUCUGGUUCAGCUGAAGAGUGAGCUAGCUAGAUAUGAAAGGGUUAAAUGUCAUCAUUCCAAACUUUUGUUCAAGGCUUUUGAAAAGGAAACUUGGCAUUAGAUUGGCACCUUAACUAAUUCAGGAAGUACAAAUGCUGCUCAAACUCUUCAUUUAUAUAUCAUCUUAAUAUGAGAACUCCCCCUUGCUUUGUUUUAUUUCAUUUAUAAACAGUUGUGUUCAAAAUAAUAGCAGUCCCACAUCACCAGCAAGAUAAAUCACUGUUUUUAACAGAAUUUCAAUUUCUACACUGCAGGUAACUUUCUAGAAGGUUUAGUAAAGGUAAAGAAAACCAACAGACCCAACAGGCAUGACAUGCAUGCUGCUAAUUCUGUGAAACUGAAUCAUUUACUGAAAGGGGUGUGUUCAAGAAAAUGGCAGUGCUGAGUUCAAUUAGUAAAGUCAUUAAUUAUGUGAAAAGAAAUAGGUUAUUAAACAGGUGGCCCUUAUUUAAGGAUCAAGGCAACUGACGCUGUAUAUGCUGGCUGUGCAUUUGUCCAUGAAAAACAGAGUAAAAUUGUUCAUUCAAGACACUGUUCAGAAGAAGAGAGUUCUUUGAUUAAGAAAUAAAUAAAAGAGGGGAAAACCUAUAAAGAAGUGCAGAAAAUGAUAAACUGUUCAGUUAAAAUGAUAUCAAAUGCUUUGAAAUGGCAGCCAAAACCCGAAAGGCGAGGAAGAAAAAGAAAAACAACUGUUUAAAGGAUCAGAGUAUAAUCAUAAUGGCAGACAGAAUUCAAGUAAUGGAGUAGCCAGCACAAUCCCUGGACCUUAAUCCCAUAGAAAACUCGUGGGGUGACAUAAACAAUGCUGUUCAUGAGGCAAAAUCAAGAAAUUCAGAGGAAUUGUGAAACACAAUACAAUUGUGCUUGGCUGCAAGGAACCGUUUAGGAAAGUGAAAUCUUCAAGCAUUGCUUAGUUUAUACAGUACAUUUUUGAGUUUGUAAAGAAAGAUAUCGACACUGCUAUUUUUUUUAACACAAUAUUUCUUGACUUUAUGUAAAAUAUCAAAUUCAAUAACUUUUCCAAUUGUCUUGCUUUAGAAUAGAAUGUGCAGUGUCCCCACUGCAUUUGUGUUCAUUGAAAUACAAUUUAUUUGAAGAAUUUUGAGGUUACCUUUUUAAACACACUGCUAUUAUUAUGAACAAAACUGAAUAUGUGAAAAUCCCAUAUACUUCAGCCUCAAACCCUCAAACAUUGUUAGCUGAUGUCUGUGAAUGUAUUAGAAAUAUUUAAGAACCUUAAACUCAUGAGGAGAAGUGUCCAGAGAGCUACCUGUAACCAAACUUUGAUUGGUUCCUUCUCGUCCAGGUGAAGGUGAUUCUCGGAGAAGACCGCGAGGCGACGGGGAUCCUGCUGAGCAUUGAUGGAGAUGAUGGCAUCGUCCGCAUGGAGCUGGAUGACCAGCUGAAGAUCCUCAACCUGAGGUUCCUGGGACGCUUGGAGCACUAAGGGGGAGAGACAUGGGCACAGAGACUCUAUCACAAGAAACACACACACACACACACACACACACACACACUGCAGACUGUAGUGAGAGUAUUGUUGGCUCAAAAACUGACAGGGAUGUCUAGAGUUUUGUUUUUAUCAUUUUGGUGAGCGGCGCGCGCACACACACACACACACACAGACACACACACACACAGCCUCUAACAGGUUUUUUAUUGUUCAACAGAAAUGAGUUUUUGGAGCUCAGCAAACAACCCCCCUUCAGUGUCUCUCUGAACACCCAUGAACGAUGUCUCGGGCUUGUCUGCCUCUUUACUUUUUCCUUUUUUGUUACCUUUUCUGCAUCUUCAGUAGUGGUCUCAGUCUGUUUUUAGUGCUCUUUAAAUGAUUUGUCAGUUCUUUUGAUUUUUCUGAUGGAAAAAGGUCAGAAAACUAAAUGUAACGUCAAUAAACUGUGAACCAGUUAAUGUCUGUCUGUUGGAUCUGUGGGUUACUUCGGUCUUUCCUUCACAGAUGUACAGCAUGGUCAUGCUGAAGAAAUCCAGGUGAGCACUUCUUUAUCUAAGUAUUAAGUCUUGGACAGCAUGCAGCGCCUCUGACAGAUUUCCGGAGUCUCUUCAUGUUCUGCAGAAUUCCAGAUUUUCUUCUGAAUCCAGAUUAGGAUCUUUAAAAUCUUAAAAAAAAACAUUUCAGAGGAGGUUUGGCUUAACUUUUGUAAAAUUCAAACAUCUGGAAAAAUAAUUGAGGAUGUUUCCAGACAGACCUCCAAACUUUUGAGAGUGCUACAGGAAGAGUGAAAAUGCCAGGUGGAUCUGUCUCUCAUCAGACUUUCAGUCCUCACUGGAUGGAAAUAGUUGGAAGUAUGAACUCGGAGAUGAGCCAUAAUUUCAAUAACAAUAAUUAAAAAAAAUAAUAAUUUUCAAUUUCUGUAAUUCUAGUUGAAGGUAUCUGAAAUAACACAGGCAGGACAGCUGAGUUAAGAAGGUGGGUAACUAAAGGGUCCCCGACAAAAGAGCACUGGACUCUGAUUCUAAUACAGCAUCUCCUUAAUAAAUAAACUGAGAGUGUAUCUGUGGGAUGAUAGCUCCUGAACAUCUACACAUAAACUUCUGUUCUUGACUUGUAAUUGAACUCUGUCUCACGGCUCUCUGCGGUCCUGCCUCUGAGGAAGCUGAAGUGGGAAACCGAAACACUCCCCUAUCCUUGGUGUUUCUGUUGCUGGUGUCCUACACACAGCUGGUGGAAAUGUGUGUUCAUUUCACAGAUACUGUUAUUGGAUGUUAGGUGAUAUCUAAUUUCUCACACAAGGACUCAGUGUAGUGGUGUGUGUAGGAAUGUGUUUCACGGCAACAGUCUUCAUGUAAUAGAUCAUUUGAAGUCCGUUAUGUAAGAGCUGUCAGUAUGUGUUGAACGCAUUGAAUGGAGGACCCCAAAACAUUUUUAAUUAUUCCCAGAUGUGAAUUGUUAAAUACUCCUACAUCUAAAAAAGACUGAAACAUUUCAACAUGGUUUGGAAACAGUUAAAUGAUUCAUGUAGACUGUGCAAGCCUUCAGUUAGCCCUCAGUUUUUUUUAUUUUGGCAAAAACAAGAUUAAAAUGGAAAAAAGAAACAUGGAUUUACAUGAAGACAUGUACAGGUGUCUAAAAAAGGUCAGAGCAUACAGAGAAAGAUGACAUGGCUCCAAUAGAUCGGGUGAAGGAUGUCAUGUAGAAACCAAAAAGCAAAGACAUAGUAAAUAUUUAACUCAGUACAGUCCUAAACUCUCAAAAUUAUCUGCUGCUCUGGUGAAGGUGCACGGGUCCUCGUCCCAUCAGUCACAGGGUCUCUGAGGUCGCUGAUGGUCAAUGGGGAGGUAGUAAAAAGGGACCUCAUCAAGGCAGGGGUGUCCAGGAGACGUGUUCUGUCUGAGGCCAGACCUGGAUGCAGAGUCCCUGUCAGUGUCGCCAUAGUGAUCACAGCCGAUGGUGAGGUUGUGGGACAGAGGGAUCUUCACCUGGAACCACACCUCUCUGCCCUGAGGGAGGAAAAAGAAAAGAGUGAUGUGGGGAUGGGGAUGGGGGGGUCAAAGACAGGAGUGAAACUAGCAACCAUUACAGAGAGAGUAGAGUAGAUAGGAAAUUAGAGGAUUAGAAAAUAGAUUAGAAAUGGAUAGAAUAGCGUAGAAGGGAAUAGACUGAAGUGAAGCAGAGUACUGUGGAUAAAAGUGAAGCAGGAAAUAGGAAAGGAGUAAAUAAAACAUUAAAAUGUAGCAGAAUGAAUUGGAACCAGUUGAAUAGAAAUGAGUAAAGAAGAAAAUUAAAAAUGUAAUUAGAGUAACAGAAUAUAUUAAAAUUAGGAAGAAUAUGAAAGAAUUAAGCAAAAUAGUAAAAUUAGAACAGUGUAAUUAGAAUAGGUGGAACAGAAUAUGAUAGUUUUAAGUUAAGUAGAAUAAAAUAGAACAUAAUGGAAUAAUAUAAUAAAGCAGAAUGGAAUGGAAUAGUUAUCAUACAGUUGAAUACAUUAAAAUUGAAGAGAGAAAAAAUGGAAGUAAAUAGAAUAGAAGACAGAAGAUUUGCUGAAUUGAAGAGAAUAGAGGUACUUGAAACUUUUUUUUUCCUAUAAGAAAUAAUGAGAUAAAUAUGGAUAGAAUUAGCAGAAAAGAACUGGGUAAAAGAUCAGAGUAGAUCUAAAAAUGAGUUAAAACAUAGAUUUUCACAAACAGAAUAUAAUAGAUUUCAUGGAGAUAACAGAGUCUUUCUGACCAAACAUCAGUUUUUGGUCUUUAGAUGGUGUACACCGGGGUGGGUUAAUAACUGUUGACUGUGAUGUGUAUUCAUCUCCACACUGCAACUCAGUGAUGAGGAACAGACAGCCUUCUUUAUAAACAUGCAGUCAAACUGAACAGAACCACACAGACACAAACUGUGGUGAUCUCAGCAUGACUCCUGUCUGUUCAGAUAAAUAGACCCGUUUGGACUGCAGAACUGUGAGAAAGUCCAGGAUUCCAGUAUGAAGGAUAUACUGACUUAUUUUCAAGUGUCCUUUAGUUUCUAUUUUCAAACCACCUCUUAAUCCUCUUGUUGUUGGACUGAAAAGUUAUAGGAACCAUCUGUCCUCUGUGGAUGAUUCAAAAUCCUAACCAGGGUUUUUUUGAGACAUCUGGAUCCCAGACUUUUCAUUUAAAGAUAAUGACAUUGAGUUUGACAGUGAUGAUAUGCUUUAUUACACGGCAAGUGAUAUGUUUCCAUGCUCCUAUCAGCCCCAAACGCUCUCACACUCUCCUGUUUCCACUGAAUAUCAUGUGGGUAUUUGUUUGGGAUCAGACAGAGAACCAAAUCCAUGUUUUUGUGGUUAGGUUGAUCUGUUUACUCAGUUAAGAGUCUGUUUUGAUGUUUUCAGCGUUUUGUCUGUACAAUCAGAGCUUUCAGCAGAUACAGGAAGUUAGAGUAAGUGCAGCUGAAGUAUCUCAAAUGUUAGGUUAAAAGCUGUUAGAGUAUAACCCUGAGAUACAGAAAAUGUGGCCAUCGUCUUAUUCUAGGUCUGGUUUUUCCCUAAUAAAGUUAUCCUAUGAAAAGUUAGGAAAAAAAAGUGUAACUCAGAGCAGAUCGGGUGCUUGCAGAGGUUUAAGUUUUGGUUUGUGGUCUUGGAGUGUGUUUAUGCAGCUGGCCUUCAGGGCUACAGUACUCACCCUCACCCUUCUUUUAAAUUCUUUUUCAAUCCCCUCAUUCAGCUGUGAAAAUAUAAUUUAGCAUGGACCUCAUCACACAGAGAGAGAGAGAGAGAGAGACACCAGAUUCAGAGAUCUGAUCUGACCUGCUGGUCCGUGACACACUGGAUCAUGUGGUGCAACCCCAGGUGUGGAGCCAGAACCUGAUGGACCUCUGAAACCUGCACACACACACACACACACACACACACACACACACACACACACACACACACACACACACACACACACACACACACACACGACUGUCAUGAAAAGAAAUCUGAAAAGCUGAAGGAAACCUGCCUGCACCCUUACACUCUGGUCCCUGGAGGACCCUGUAGAAUCCUCUCCUGGCUCUCCUGGUAACAUUUCCAUAAAAUAAAUGAAGCAAACAGGUGGAACUGAUUUUAACUCAUAGUUUUUCUCAGUCUGGGGUUUCUUACCUUGUACAUUCGAUCACAGGAUGGAGUGACAGCAGCAGCUUCCAGAACUCUGAAGAAACAAAAUAAAUAGUUGACUCUGACUUUAAAGCUCCAGUGAGCAGUUUCAGAAUAAAACUCUUUAUAACAGCAGCAGGAACCACUCCUCCUGUAUCUGAAUCUUAAUGCCCAUAACUUCAGUAACUGUGUGUGCACACCAACCUGUGGAUGUCAAACUGUUGUCGUAGUUUAAGGCUGAUCUGGAAAUAUCUAAGAGGAGAGUUCAUCCCUUCAACACAGGCUGCACAUGCUCCGUGUUUCUCCCACUCCUCCCUCCUACAACACACACACCUUCAGCCAUCAUAAUCAUGACUAUUAACAUGAGUUAUGCAUGUUUUCUGUAAAUACAAACCAAACCAAAACAAAGAACCAAACAAAGAAAAACAGCCUCUGGCUGCAGGGUGACCCUUAAAGUCUCCUGUUUAGCCCAGAUCCCAAAUACAUGAAACUGCACACACAUUUAUCACAGAUGUGAGUGAAAACUAGUGGAGCAUGACCCUCUUUAAGAGUUUUCCCUGUGAAACUUCUUCAAUUCUUAUGACAUUUGUUUUCACAUGUUCCCGACAUCUGCCUGGUAUUACUUUGCACUGAGAGAUUCAACAGAAUAGGUUAAAAAAAGGUGGAUCUGCAGACAGAGCAUCUCCUACCAGAAGUGGAAGCUGGACCUUGUCUUCAGUAGGGACGGCCAGUAUUCAUUAAGCUCCACCUCCAGCUCCUGAAAGAUACAAAUGCCAGCCAAUCAGCUUUCAGCUUUCCUACAUCCUUGAUAACAAAAUCCUGAAGUUUGUCAUUUAUUUUCCAGAGUUUUAAACUUUGUCAGACAAACAAAACUUUUAAAAGUUUCUUUGGUUGUCAGAAUAACAGCUGAGCGUUGUGGUGCUGAUUAAACUUUUUAGAACGGCUGAAAGUUUAUCAGAGAAAACACAAAAGCAAAAACUGAAGAAAUCAUUGAGUCUCCUCAGAGCACCUGCACUCCUGAAAUAUCCUCAUUUUUAUUCACAAACCAAACAUAUGCACCUGCUCUUUUCUAUUGCGGUAACCAGCUGAUCUGGUCCUGACUGGGACUCACCUGGAUGUCUGACUGGAACAUGGGCCAGCAGGAACAGCAGCCCCAGGCUUUCAGAGGCCUGCAGGGACAAAGACAGCAUGAAACCAGCAGAAUAAUACAAACUCUCAGAGUUCAUGACAGAUCAGAGCUGACAUGACUCAGACAGUCGCACUCUGCAAAGGAGGAGGAGGAUUUAUGAUCUCCACAGAGCUGGCUUUGUUAGCAAGUUUGUUUCUGCUCCAAUAUCUGCAGUUUUCAUCAGUUUAACCUUAGAUGAAAUUGGCAGAAACAGAACUUGUGUUCUGUGUGACAGCUGCUCACAACCUUCCAACCUUCACCUAUGGUCAUGAACUUUGUGAAUUUGAUAGUCCUUUGUAAGGUGUCAUGGUCCAGCCUUGGAGAGAAGAGCUUGGACAUUCAGAUGGAUUUCCAAUAGAGGUGUUGCCUCUUUGUAUCAGAAGGAGCCGGUUCAAAUAGACAGUAAGGACACCUCCUUUAGAGGUGUAUCAGGUGCGUCCAUAGACUGUAUAUUGAAUGGACGCCAUCUGCCUCCUCGCUGGGUGAAGCUACUCCAAGAACAGCACCCUCUGGUGACGGGCUGCAGUAUAGGUCAUAAAUCCUGCCUCCUCCAGUAAUCCCUAUGGAGCUGUGGACAAACUUUAGAAAUUUAUUGCACAGAACAUACAUUUUUCUCCCCCCUUCAACCUCAAAAUAUAUUGUGCAAAAACUUUGGCACUCUUAUUUAUGUGUUCAUUUGAAUACCUGUAACUACAUAACCCUGAUAAGUUGGAACACAUAUUUGGUUUGAUGAGCUCAUUAAGCAUUGAACUUCACAGACAGGUGCAUGCAAUCAUGAGAAAACGUAUUUAAGAAGGCCAAUUUCAAGUUGAUCUCUCUUUGACUCUCCUCUGAAGA